CAUUCAGUGGUGUCUGAGUUCAUUUUGCUGGGACUUUCCAAAUCUCAGAAUCUUCAGAUUUUAUUCUUCCUAGGAUUCUCUGUGGUCUAUGCUGGGAUUGUGUUAGGAAACCUCCUCAUCUUGGUCACCGUGACCUUUGACUCACGCCUUCAUACACCAAUGUAUUUUCUGCUUAUCAAUCUCUCCUGUAUGGAUAUGACUUUGGCUUCUUCUGCUACCCCUAAGAUGAUUGUGGAUUUCCUCCGAAAACGAAAGACCAUUUCUUGGUGGGGAUGUUAUUCUCAGAUGUUCUUCAUCCACCUCCUAGGUGGGAGUGAGAUGAUGUUGCUUGUAGCCAUGGCAAUAGACAGGUAUGUUGCCAUACGAAAACCCCUCCAUUACAUGUCCAUCAUGAAUGCACGAGUGCUUGGCGGGCUGCUGCUAUCCUCCUACACUGUUGGAUUUGUGCACUCAUCUAGUCAAAUGGCUUUCAUGUUGAAUUUGCCCUUCUGUGGUCCCAAUGUGGUGGACAGCUUUUUCUGUGACCUUCCCCUUGUGAUCAAACUGGCCUGCAAGGACACCUACAUGCUACAGCUGCUGGUCAUUGCCGACAGUGGCCUCCUGUCCCUGAUCUGCUUCCUCCUCUUGCUUGUCUCCUACACGGUCAUCAUACACUCAGUCAGGCACCGUGCUGCUGGUGGUUCUGCCAAGGCCUUCUCCACUCUCUCGGCACACAUCACGGUGGUGACUCUCUUCUUUGCCCCAUGUGUCUUUAUCUAUGUAUGGCCCUUCAGCAGAUACUCUGUAGAUAAAAUUCUUUCUGUGUUU